AUGCUGAGCCCUGUGGACUUGUCCUUUUUCCCAUCCUGUUUCGAUGCCCUCUCUUGGUCAGCAGACGGCGACCUCGCCGUGGCCGCGGGCGAGUAUGUCCAGGUCCUGACACCAAAUAAAUCCCACGCAGAUCCAUCAGAACCCAAGAGCCAAGAUGAAUGGAACAUUACUCGCAUCCGCGCCAAUCUCUUCACGCUUGCCGAGUGGCAGGCCAUCCAACCCCAAAAUCGAGAUGACUUCUCCAUUGCAGCCGAGCAAUCGAUCGGUACGGUGGUGGGUGUUGCUUGGUCUCCACCCGGUCUGGCCAUUUUUCGCCGGAGUGUGCUCGCGGUCUUGACUUCUAAUCUUCUUCUGUCUUUAUGGGAGCCAGUUGGCACCCAAGGUCAAUGGACCAGAGUCGCCAUCGUGAACCACAUCUUUCACCUUGAUCCUACAGCCCCGGCACAGCUUAGUGGAUUGGAACUGCGAAGAUCAAAUAUUCGAUCAUUUCAAUGGUGUCAACCUUUACUUGCACCCUCGGUAAAUUCAGGUUUAGCACCCGCGCCCGAGACCCGGUGGGGUGUGCAUCUAUUGAUGAUAACCAAUGAUGCCAAUGAGGCCAUUCUCCUACGUGUUCGGAGGUUGGUGAGCGGGAAAAGUUCCUCCACACCGUACUCAAUUGAGAAGUUGGCACUGUACUCGAUGGAGGACGGCCAAGAACGAUAUACACAACCCUGCUCUGCAUCGCUUCUUCGGAGUGCGCUUCAGUCCAAAGCACGGGCCUUGUCGGUCUCUUGUGGCCCGUGGCUUGAGUUGCCCCGACCAAGUGACGAUUGUUUCUUUUCUGCUACCGCAGUGAUAGCCACGGUAUUCGGGACACAGCUACGAGUUUUCAAAACCACCGUGACUUUACAUACAUCUGAUCCAGUUGAUGGUGAUACCUCCAGAUAUGAGGCGAGAGCAAGACUUUCGGAUCAUCCACUGAGCUCGAUUGCCUCGCAAUGGACCUCUCGCCCAGUGAAUGGCCCACUUCACUGGGCUUCUACCAGUCAUUCAGCUGCGAUCUCUCUGAAUAUUUCCACCAACGCGGGCUUUGUAACCAUAUCCAUUCCGCGGGCUGCAUAUGAUGGCAGUGCAACGCCACCAAACGAGCUCGAGAUCCAGGAGUGGCCAUUAUCGAGUAUUGCCGAAGAAAAUGUGGAAGGCCCAAGGGGAUAUAUGGAACCAAUCUCGGCGAUGACUGCCUUGUAUGACGAUAAAAGCGAAGCUUUGAGUCUUCAUUUGGGCACAAUGAGUGGAAUAGGAGCCGUUCUUAAUCUGGAUGGAUCUGGAACCACCCACAGCCCGAAAUCAUCGCAAUGGAGCAAGGUUGUCGCAGAUCGGCUCGAACAAUUUGACUUGGAUCGCGAUCUUGGGGGACAGAGCGUGGCCCGAAUUUGGGGACUGGCAUCCCAUCGCGGUGUGAUCGCGGUGCUCUUCUCGAGGCAUCCAACAGAUAUGAUUGAAUAUCGAGUCGCGUCAGACGAGAAGUCUGCCCUCGCAUUUGCGUCUGAGGACUUAGAUUCCUCCCCUGACAUAGAGACACUUCUCGCUCCGAUUACCUCAGCUACCGAGUCGUGGUCCCCAGCGGACCAGCGUGAGGCAGUGAUAUCGUAUCUGCUGUCAAGCAUGGAUGGAACAGUCGAACAUGACCCAGAGAGUCAGAGGCUCAUCUAUGCAUCAGCUUGCUGCGCAAUUGUCGAUCAAAAGGGCGAAGCUAUCCGAGCUCAUGCCCGGGUGUCAUUAGAACGACUCGCAGUUCUGACAGGCGCGGAUUUGAACGAGGAGAUUGCCAGAUGCGGAGAUGAAAAGUCGACAUUACCUGCCAAGACUAUCGAGCAGCUUAGCGGCCCCGGGGCACAUAUGUUUGAGAGGUGCGAGAUUUGCGAAGCUGGAAUUGCAUGGGUUUCUGCCGGUGAAGCUCAAUGUACAGAGGGCCAUCUCUUCGUGCGUUGUGGGCUGAGUUUCCUAGCCAUUCAAGAACCCGGCUUAUCGAAGUAUUGUUCCCGCUGUCGGACAGAAUACAUCAACGAAGAGACGGUGGCACGAGUUCACGAAAGCAGCCUCUGCCCCUUAUCCAGAAAUCUUUUCGAUGCUUUUGAUACAUGCCUUUAUUGUGGGGGCAAAUUCCAGGCUGGCAUCUAG